GCAGGCAGAGUGAAGUGAAGUGGGAUAGAGUUCAGUAUCGUGCCCAUUUCAAGCCCGGAGCCCAGGGGCUGGGCUGAAAUGUGGGGGGGCUCAAUGCCAAGGGAACCCUGACGCAUGCGCUGACGCCCACAGGCAGUGUAGCAGUGAGCAGCUGUGGGUGGGAUCGAACCGUGCAGGCAGCAAUUCCCAUUCUCCUGGGGGAGGGAAGGACACGGCCGUCUGAGUGGAGGGAGGGAGGAAGCAAGCGAGCAGAAAGUGCAACAUGGCCUGACUGUGCUGCAUUUGUGGAGGCUUGAGGAGAGGUGCGGUCAGAGCAGCUCAGGAUGCAACGGCCACUGAGUCAGCAGCAGAGUGCAUUGACCCUGCAUGACUCCGUGGGGCUGUUCAAUAAAAGGAAAAAAGCUUCUCUCCUGGUGAGCAGUGCCCUCCUCAUCGCCUCAGUGUUGAUUCUGACUGUCGGCUUGGCAGCCACUACAAGAACUCUCAAUGUUUCAGUUGGAGGUUAUUACCCGGGCGUCAUUCUUGGCUUUGGAUCAUUUCUUGGACUGAUUGGGGCAAAUCUGCUUGAAAAUAAAAGACAGAUGCUGGUGGCAUCGAUCGUGUUCAUCAGUUUUGGCGUAGUAGCAUCUUUCUGUUGUGCCAUUGUAGAUGGUGUAUUUGCUGCCAGACACAUCGAUAUCAAACCCUUCCAUGCAGGGAGAUGUCAGUAUUAUUCCAGUGAUACCUCUCAUCCUUCAGAUGACUACAAUGGAGAGGUGAUGUGCCCGAGUCAGUCACGUGCUCCCUGCGUGCUGAAAAUAAAGAGAAAUACCUGUUACUGUUGUGACCUUUAUAAAUGUGGCAGCCGAGAAACGUUGGGUGGCUACUACGAAUAUAAUGAUGUCGGAAGUUGCCAAGAGGUUAUCCACCUGUACCACUUGCUGUGGUCGUCGACGAUCCUCAAUAUUGUGGGCUUGUUUCUUGGGAUUAUCACAGCAGCAGUCCUUGGAUCCUUUAAAGAUAUGCAGACACCAACUGCUUCCCAGAUCACGUACGCACCUGAACCUCCAACUCCACCCAUAAUGUAUGAUCCUGGACAGCAGGUACUGGCCUACACAAACUUCUAUCCUGGGCCUCCACAUCUGCCACCUUACAGCCCAUAUGAUAUUCAGCAUCCCAGUAUAUUCUCAGCCUCCACGCCAUCUGAUGAUUCACAGUCUAUUUCACAGUCUGCUUCAAGUUACAUGUGGCCGCCAAACACUCCUCCUCGCUACUCGCCAGCGUACUUCCCACCUGAUGAAAAGCCACCACCCUACACACCGUAGAUCUCUACUUGUUUUCAUCAUCAUCACAGACUUUGAUCUUUUUGGAGACCUUCAUUGCAAAGGCAUCAUCCACCCAGAUCACUUUAUGAUCUCCAUGUGCAUACUCUUACACACAGUGAUGUGUUUGUAGAAACUCGUCUGUUAAAAAGAAACCAAAAGCAUAUCAUUCUGCUACUUGUUAAGGGUAUGUUAAUCCUAAUUUGUUGGAAAAUGAUGCACUUAUACUUUAGGUUGUAAUUACAAAAACAAAACUUUGGAAAGCUACAAACCCAUCAGCACUGUCAGAUCAACCACGAUCAAAUUAAAUGGUCGAACAGAAGUAAGAAGCUGAAUGGUCUACACUUGUUCCUAUCUUCCUAUGUUGCUAAUUUAUCAAUUAAGCUGUGCAAAUAUAUAAUUUAAAAGUAAAUGAUCAAUUUUA